ACACCCCUACUAGAUAUGUUGAAAAAUUUAUACAAAUAUUAGCUUUGCGAAAUGGUAUUAAAAUAGAAACUACACAAGCAUUACAACAAUUAAUUAACCAAAGUCCAUUAGCUGUAGUCGCUGAUGCUCCAUCAUUUAUAUAUAAUUACUGGAAUAGU